ACCAAAAAAUCGACGUUGUCAAAACAUCUACCCUUAUCUUCAAUAGACCAAGAAGAAAGCACACAGCUCUUGCCAAUGGCGUCAAUGGCGCUUUCAAUUGCUUCUCUUCCAAUUGCUUCUUCUUCUUCUCUCUCUUUCUCUCGUUCAUGUUCCCCAACUGACAUUCCCCUCUCUUUACCCUCUUCCUCCAUCUCUCUCACCUCCUCAAUUCAACCACUGAUUUAUUGCGGAAGAGGAGACAAGAACACUGCUAAAAGAAAGCGAUUCAAUCACUCAUUUGGUAAUGCGAGACCACAGAACAACACCAAGGGCAGAGGACCACCGAUGGUGCCGGUGCCACCAGCUCCACCACGGAAAGACCGCUUCGACGACGGUGAGGUAUCAGAUAAUCCAAACGAUUCUAUCUCCAAAUCUAAAGAAAAUUCAUCUCAUUUCAAGGAACUAAGGAAUAUCGCUUGUGGCGUUCUUGCUGUCUUGGCUCUCACUACCACCUCUCCUGUAAUCGCUGCUAAUCAGAGAUUACCUCCAUUGUCGACAGAUCCUGAAAGAUGUGAGCGAGCAUUUGUUGGAAACACAAUAGGUCAAGCAAAUGGUGUAUACGACAAGGCGAUUGAUCUUCGGUUUUGUGACUACACAAAUGAUAAAACAAAUCUAAAAGGAAAAUCUCUUGCAGCUGCACUUAUGUCUGAUGCUAAAUUUGAUGGAGCAGAUAUGACUGAAGUUAUCAUGUCUAAAGCUUAUGCUGUUGGUGCUAGCUUUAAAGGUACAGAUUUUACAAAUGCAGUUCUUGAUAGGGUUAAUUUUGGGAAGGCUAAUCUUCAAGGGGCUUCGUUUAAGAACACUGUGUUAUCUGGUUCGACAUUUGAAGGUGCUCAAUUGCAAGAUGUUGUGUUUGAAGACACGAUUAUUGGGUAUAUUGAUCUUCAAAAGCUGUGUGUAAAUAAAACUAUUAAUGAGGAUUCAAGACUUGAAUUGGGAUGUAGGAAUUAGAAGAGUGAUGAUGUCUCUUUGUGUUCUGGAAUCUUCUUGUAUUUUGUGUAAACAGUUUUGUUGCAUGGGAUUACAUUUCCUUAAUUUGCACCAGUUGUAAAUCACUAAAUUAUAAUGUUUUGCUUGCUUUGUAUGUAUGCACAUAAUAUAAAAACACAUUCUUGGGUAUAAAGCUCUUUGAUUUUAUGA